GGACAUAGUAAUGGAAAAAGGUAAUUAAUUAUUUGCCCACUCUCCACUCUCCACUCUCUUAUUCUCCUCUCUUCUUCACUCUCCGUUCCAUGCCCAUUCUCUUACUUUUCUCCUCUCCUAAUUUCAACUCCUAAUGAUCCAUCCUCCUAUUCAAGGGUUUUCGAAUUUGGUGUUGUUGGAGUUGGGUAUUGGAGGUGUUGAGCGAAAUUGCUCUCCUCUCUGAACUCACUGCUUCAGUGCGCAGCCCUAGUAGAGAGUGUUGUUGAGGCGAUCUCAGGCGCUCGCCUAUGGUGAGGCAGUGCCUUCAACAGGGUGCUCGCCUUGUUGCGUCAUACUUUGCUUUUUUGCGCCAUUGCCACAAAUGGAGGGAAUGAAGAAGAAACUAAGUGAUACUGUUGCCAAAAGAUGUAUCGAUUUUGAUCCAAAGGCAUCACGAAAGAGACAUUCUCAGCGCUUGAAAUCUCUUUCAAUAGGCCUAGCAGCUAUUGAUGAUGACAACGAUGGAAAAAUGAAUGAGAAGGAAGGAGAUAACAACACAAAUAAGUUGUUUGUUGACCAAUCUCAAGAUUCCUUGCCAGCAGCUGGAAAGAAGUCACCUAAUAUAGGAGACAAUAUUGAAUGUACACAUAGAACUCCAAGAUCAUCUUUACAAUUAGAUUCGCUAGCAUCUCGUAAAAGAGAAGCCCUUCAGAAGUUAGCUUCUAGGGGACAAGUUUCACCAAUUUUAGAUAGAUCACAAAAUGUAGGAGAGCAUAUCAAUGCUUCUGAACUAACUAUUCAACAAUUCCCCAAGAAAUGUAGAGGCCCUACUAAAAUGAAUACCAAUGCAAUUGAGGAGUGCAAUAAAGUGGAUAUAACCUUCAAUGAGUUUGGACAACCAAUUGGGGAGGCUUCAAUUGGGUUGUCUUCAUUUCUAGGUCUACUGGUGAGAGAGGAAGUGCCUGUGACUUUAAGUGAUUGGAGAAAAUUGUCAACAAGUUCUAAGGAAAUUUUAUGGACAUCGAUUCAAUCAAGAUAUAAUUUGAAAGAAGAUUGGCAAAGAAAAUAUGUUUUCCAAAAGAUGGGUAGAUUGUGGAGAGCAGGAAAAUCACGAAUUGUGUCACAAAUUCAAUCAACAUCUACUAAUGAAGAGCUUGUGAAAAUGAAGCCAUCCAAUAUACAAUCUAUGCACGAUUGGAUGGACUUUGUGAAAGAAAAGAAGAGCGCAAUAUUCAAGGCUAAAAGUGAAAGGUUCAAAUCAAUGAAGAAGAUGCAACUUCCACAUACAUGUAGUCGUAAGGGUUAUGCUCGAUUGGCAGAAGAAAUGAAAAAAAGUUGUUCAGAUUCAUCAGCAGCGACAAGGGUUGUAUUAGGGGCAAAAACACACAGGAAAAAGAAAGGAAAUCAUGUUAGCUCACAAGUUGCAGAAGCAUUGGGAAUGGAGAAGAAACUAAGUGAUAUUGUUGUCAAAAGAUGUAUUGAUUUUGAUCCAAAGACAUCGCGAAAGAGACGUUCUAAGCGCUUGAAAUCUCUUUCAAUAGGCCUAGCAACUAUUGAGGAUGACAAUGAUGGAAAAAUGAAUGAGACGGAAGGAGAUAACAUCACAAAUAAGUUUGUUGACCAAUCUCCAGUAGCUGGAAAUAUGGCACCCAACAUUAGAGACAAUCUUGACAGUACACACAUAACUCCAAGAUCACCUUUACCAUUAGAUUUGCUAGCAUCUCUUGCCUUUCAGAAGUUAGCUUCUCGGGAACAAGUUUCACCAAUUUUAGAUAGAUCACAAAAUGUAGGAGAGCGUAUCAAUGUUACUAAAACGAAGCCAUCCAAUAUACAAUCUAUGCACGAUGGGAUGGACUUUGUGAAAGAAAAGAAGAGCACAAGGUUCAAGGCUAAAAGUAAAAAGUUCAAGUCAAUGAAGAAGAUGCAACUUCCACAUACAUGUAAUCGUGACAGUUAUGCUCGAUUGGCUGAAGAAACGGGAAUGAAGAAGAAACCAAGCGAUACUGUUUCCAAAAGAUGUCUUGAUUUAGAUCCAAAGGCACUACGAAAGAGACGUUCUAAGCGCUUGAAAUCUCUUUCAAUAGGCCUAGCAACUAUUGAGGAUGACAAUGAUGGAAAAAUGAAUGAGAAGGAAGGAGAUAACAUCACAAAUAAGCUGUCUGUUGGCCAAUCUCAAGAUUCCUUGCUAGUAGCUGGAAAUAAUCCACCUAAUAUUGGAGACAAACUUGACAGUACACACACAACUCCAAGAUCACCUUUACCAUUAGUUUCGCUAGCAUCUCGAUCUUGUACAAGAGAAGCCCUUCAAAAGUUAGCUUCUAGGGGACAAGUUUCACCAAUUUUAGAUAGAUCACAAAACGUAGGAGAACAUGUCAAUGAUUCUGAGCCAACUAUGCAACAACUCCCCAAGAAAUGUAGAGGUCCUACUGAAAUGAAUACCAAUGCAACUGAGGAGUGCAAUAAAGUGGAUAUAACCUUCAACGAGUUUGGACAACCAAUUGGGGAGGCUUCAAUUGGUUUGUCUUCAUUUCUAGGUCUACUGGUGAGAGAGGAAGUGCCUGUGACUUUAAAUGAUUGGAGAAAAUUGUCAACAAGUUCUAAGGAAAUUUUAUGGACAUUGAUUCAAUCAAGAUAUAAUUUGAAAGAAGAUUGGCAAAGAAAAUAUGUUUUCCAAAAGAUGGGUAGAUUGUGGAGAGCAGGAAAAUCACGAAUUGUGUCACAAAUUCAAUCAACAUCAACUAAUGAAGAGCUUGUGAAAAUGAAGCCAUCCAAUAUACAAUCUAUGCACGAUUGGAUGGACUUUGUGAAAGAAAAGAAGAGCGCAAUAUUCAAGGCUAAAAGUGAAAGGUUCAAAUCAAUGAAGAAGAAGCAACUUCCACAUACAUGUAGUCGUAAGGGUUAUGCUCGAUUGGCUGAAGAAAUGAAAAAAAGUUCAGAUUCAUCAUCAGUGACGAGGGUUGCAUUAUGGGCAAAAGCACACAAGAAAAAAAAUGGAAAUCCUGUUAACUCACAAGUUGCAGAAGCAUUGGAGCAUAUUGAACAAACUGACAAGGAAGGGAUAGACACUACAAAUAAUGUGGUCAAUGAUGCAAUAAGUAAAGUUCUUGGUCCUGAUUGGAGUCAUAUUGGAGCACUUGGAUUUGGAGUCACCUUCUCAAAGUUUUCUUCAUUGUCUAAACGACAUUCGUUGUCUCAACGAGAUUCGUUGUCUCAACGAGAUAGCCAUUAUGCCGAACUUGAAGAAAAGUAUAAGAAGAUGGAAGGAGAAAUGUCUGAAAUGAGAUCUUUGAUGUCUUACCUUCUCAAAUCUCAAGGUAAUGGAAUUGAACAACUUUCUUAUGCUACAAAUGAACAAAUGGUUAACAACGUUGCUACUAACCCAAUUGGAUCUUCAUCUUCGAGUAUUAAUAAUAAUAAUGCUCUCCGCAAGUGCAAAUUGCUAGAUUGGUGUGGUACAGGAGAGGUAGUUGCUGAAGGUCGAUGGUCUUCAAAUGACCCUAAAGUUAUUGUUCAUCAUGUUCCCCUCGGUCCACAAGCCGUAAGAGUUUGGGUGGAUUUGCCAAAGAGGUCAAAUGCAUUUUUAUGGAGACCUAACUCAGAAAUGACAUACAUCAAGGAUGCUAUUGGUAGCACUGUAGCAUGGCCUUUUGACAAAGUUAUUAUAAGUUGAUGAAAGAAUUACUUUACAGCCAAGAAAUGUUGAUCGUCACGACACUACAAGCUUUAGUUAUCUAGAUUUUUGUAACAGCAAAUUUUGUAACUAAUGAAUGGUAUGUUGAUCAACUUUAUGUUUAGUUGAUAUUAACGACUAUAUCUCUUUUUGUGGGGGCAAUAUGAAUAUUUUGGGAAUACUUAUACACAUAAAAAUGCAUUUCAUAUGAUCUAUUUUUAUGGAUCAUUAUU